UGCUGACAUCCUGAAUCUGGAGCAGCUGCCUUAGUCUGUUUUUGUUGACAGUUGUUAUAGCGUAAGAUGGAGGAGUCGUGGCUUUCUGUAAAACCACUUUCAGGGGUUUGUUUUUUCUUCUACACUCAAGCGGCCUAUAAAUUCUGUGAAAUAAAAUAAAAUAUGCUCUCCAGUGCCGUAGCUUAGGGGUAAGAGCAUCUGCUUGCCUGGCCCCUCCAGCAUCUCCAGAUAGCAUGUCCCCUAGCCUAGUUCCCAUGCCCAGCUGUACCUAUUCUUCUCAUUUUAUUUAUGCCCUACCUUUCCUCCAAGGAGCUCAAGGUGGCAUACAUAGUUCUCUCCUAUUCUCCACACAAGAACCCUGUGAGCAGGCUAGAGGUCGUUGAGAAAAUGGGAUAUGAUAUUGAUCGCUUCGUAGGUUACGUGAAUGAAGGUCUCCUGUGCUGCAUCUGCCGAGAUGUGUUGGAAGAUCCCUUGCAGGCUCCUUGUGAACAUGCUUUCUGCACUUCCUGCAUACAUGGGUGGCUUGUUCAUCACAGCAACUGCCCAGAAGAUCGUCAGCCGCUUGAUCUGUCUGUCCUUCGACCACUUUACAGAUACAUGAAGAACGAUCUCAAUCAACUCCAGAUUCACUGCAGGAACAGAGAGUGUGGCUGUGAAAUGGUGUGUUCACUGGAAUCCAUUGACCGACAUGAACGCGAGUGUGAAUGCAGCCGGGUCCCCUGUUCAAAUAGCGGUUGCCCAGCUCGGGUUGAAAGACGUAACCUAGACAGCCACUUGGCAGUGUGCGAAUACAGGAGCCGCGAGUGCCCCAAAGGCUGUGGGUAUGCCAUCCUCAGCGCUGAUGAUGCGCAACAUAACUGUGUGGCAGAGCUGAGAACGGAACUAGAACUGCUCAGGUCAGAGAUGAUCUGCCGGAUGGAAGAGGCAAAACAUGAGAUGGAAUCUCGACUAGAUUCUCAAAGGAAGCAUAUGGUGCAAAAGGAGAGUCUUUUGCAAAAUCAGAUUGAAGAGCUAAAGAGCCAGAUGUCCAGGAUGUCGUCUGACAUACGUACCCUGCUGGCAACAGAGAGGCAGCAUCACCAAGAACUGGAGCAGGCACAGCUUGAAAAGCUAGAAUUACUGGAGUUAGUGAAGACUCUCCAGGAAGACUGUUGGUUGACUAGGGAUGGAAGCAAGAAAGCAACACAUGUUCGACCUCUGACCCGACUGGAAAGCAUGAAGUGAAAGCCAUAGGUGGCUGUUAUUUAAGACUGGAUUACUGCAGUCUGGUUUAUGUGGUGUUUCCUUUUGCUGGAUCUGGCAACUGACCAUGAGUGCAGAAUGCUGCAGUCCACCUGCUGACAGCAAUGAGAUUCUGUCAGCAGAUAUCACCUGCUCAGAGAUCUGCACCGAUUGCAGGUUUGUUACCGGACCAACUUCAAGCUGUAUAUAAAGCCCUUAACAGUUAGAAACAGUUUACUUCAGGAAUUGCCUUACCCCGUAUAUUUCUAUUUAGUCAAUUCAGUCUGCAGCACUGGCGCUAUUACAGGUGCACCACACUUGUAAAAAAUAGAUCUUUUUGCAUGGCAGCACCCACACUUGGAACUCCAUGCCUAUUGACAUCAGGCAGGCACCUUCACUGCACUUUUUCCAGUGUCUGCUAAAACAUUUUUGUUCAGGCAAGUUUUUCCAGACAUGAAGUUAACAUUUUGGUCUGUUUUUAGCUUAGCUGUUUAUUUCAAUUAUUUUUGAGUUAUUAAAUUCCUGUCUUAUGGUUUUAUUAUUUUUUAGUUUUACUCUUAGGAAUAAUAAUAAUAAUAAUAAUAAUAAUAAUAAGGUAUGAAGGCAGGGAGAGAACAAAGUUCUGUGUACUCGGGAGAAGAAACAAAAAAGCAAAUAGAAAAAUGAAGGAAUCUAAUGAAACUUGGCUUAAGCCAGGAGAGCCAAGGAGGAACAUACUGCUGCAUCAGGCAGGAAAAAAACCUGAGGGAAAUGGACCAACUUCCCACAAACCUUUGCUCCUGCUUGUGUCAGCUGACAAGAGAUGGCCCAUACCAUUGGCUAUGGUAUCCUAUGAAAUGAAUUGACCUAAUAAAACUAAUAUAACAUGUGCGUGUUGUGUGUGGGUGUAUGUAUAUAUAGAAAUGAAAGCUUAUAGAUUAUGUAUUCUUGAAGUUAAGGACUCAGAUAUUUGGUAAGAGUGCACACUAUACGCAGAGAUGGAAAAUACAUGCAAAGGAAAACAACUGCUACUCAGGCAGCUACAUGCAUGGCUCCACUAUUAAACCUUUUCAUAGAAGCAAGUAGAAGUCACAGGUGACUUCUCCAUCUUGAGUGACUGUUGAUUUUAAUCAUUUUUGAAUGAAUGCUUUUAAAUACCUGUUUUAAAAAAUUGUUUUACUUUAUAUUUUUGUCAACAGCUUAGAGGUGGUUGUUUUACGAUCAAGUGGGUUAUAAACUGUUAAAUAAAACAUUGUUGCCUUGGAA